AUGGAUGAUGGUAAAAUUAAGGAGGGGCAUCUUCUGGAGCAUGGCAACAUUAAGGAGGAGGUGGCAUUGCAUGUCUUGAAAAGCAUUAAAGCAAAACGACGAGGAGUAUCAGGUUGGGAAAGCAGUCUCAGACAAAGGCCAGCUCCACGUAUAAUUUUCCAGGCAGGAAUUUCCUAUCGCCACAAAAAAAAGAAAGAAGAUGAUAAUAUGAAACCCAAAAAGGACAUGAACAGUUCAUUGCUCCAGAAAACCAGGAGAUCCCCCUCUGAAGUUUUUAUAACAGAAAAUCCUGUCAUUGACCUCACAACAGAGUCUCUGGAGAGUAAUAAAAUGCCUUCAAAUCAAGCGGAAGACUUUGUUUGUGAAAACAGUAUUGUGAAGGCUACAGAAGAAGCCCCUCAGUACCAGGAUGGUAAGGGUUAUGGCAUUGGGGAGCUGGUUUGGGGGAAGAUCAAGGGAUUCUCAUGGUGGCCGGCUAUAGUGGUUUCCUGGCGCACACCUGGAAGAAGGCAAGCUGCAACAGGAAUGAGGUGGCUUCAGUGGUUUGGAGAUGGCAAGUUCUCAGAGGUUUCUGCUGACAAACUUGUGCCUUUAACUGCUAUUGGUCAAUAUUUUCAUACUUCUGCGUUUAACAAGCUGGUCUCUUACAAAAGGGCUGUGUUCCAGGCUCUGGAGAUUGCUAGUAGCAGAUCUGGAAUGCCAUUCCCCUCCAACGACCGGGGCACUUUGGAGGAACAAAUUAAGCCAAUGCUUGACUGGGCAUUUGGUGGUUUUCAACCAAAGGGUUACGAAGGAAUUAAGCCCAAACAAAACACAGAAAAUGACACUGCAGGUGAAAACCGCGUAGAGGUCUAUGUCCCUGAGUAUUAUCCUCCUACAAAAAAACAGAAAACAAGCAUUUACAAAAGCAAAGAAGGAACUGAAGAGGAACAUCGGGGGAGAGAAAAGAUUUUCUUUCAAGUUACAUCAAACAAUAAGAGCAUAGAAGAAUUUUGUCUUGCCUGUGGAAGCAUAAGAGUCAGCACUUUCCAUCCACUGUUUGAAGGCGGUCUGUGUCCUAUUUGCAAGGAUAUCUACCUGGAGACAUCAUAUAUGUAUGACGAUGAUGGCUACCAAUCAUACUGUACUGUGUGCUGUGGUGGGCGAGAGGUGUUGCUGUGUGGAAAUGCAAACUGCUGCAGAUGCUUCUGUGUGGACUGCAUAGAUAUCCUUGUGGGGCCAGGUGCAUCCGAAGAAGCUAAGGUGCAAGACCCUUGGAGAUGUUACAUGUGUCUUCCGAAUGAAAGCUAUGGAGUACUGAGAAGGCGCAGAGACUGGACCAUGAAACUCCAAGAGUUUUUUGCCAGUGACAAUGGUCAAGAGUAUGACCCACCUAAAAUUUACCCAGCAGUACCAGCUGAGCACAGAAGGCCAAUCAAAGUUCUGUCACUCUUUGAUGGGAUAGCGACAGGCUAUUUAGUUUUAAGGGAUCUGGGAUUUAAAGUAGAGAGAUAUGUUGCCUCUGAGAUAUGUGAAGACUCGAUUGCAGUAGGAACUGUCCGGCAUGAAGGAAAAAUCACGUACGUGCAUGACGUCAGGAACAUCAGCAGGCAAAACAUUCUUGAGUGGGGCCCGUUUGAUUUGGUGAUUGGAGGAAGCCCAUGCAAUGAUCUUUCUAUUGUAAACCCUGCAAGAAAGGGUUUAUAUGAUGCACCAUAAAUUAAACACAGAUGCAGAAUCAGAUUACAAAUACAGAAGGUAUUGUUACUAAGUGUCCGCAUUGCCUAGCGAAGGAGCUAGUGAAACAAGG